CACUACAACCCUAGCCGCGCCGCUUCACACAACGAUCAACUGCAACCCCAGAGUCCGCCCACGAUGGUUGGACCCGCGCGACCACGGUCGUUGGCUAAGGCGGCAUUCCCGUCAGCCUUCUCCAAACAAAAGACGACGGCGUACUCAGACAGCAAUCGUCCGUCCGUCUCGCACCACAUCCGAACCAUUGCUUUCAACCCGCAAGGCACACUCAUUGCGACCGGCGCCGGCGAUCGCACCCUGCGCAUUUGGAACCCCGAGAAGAGCCAUGUAAAGAACUCGACCGAGCUGCGCGGACAUCAAGGUGCCGUCGAGCGCGUCGCAUGGAAUCCGACCAAGGAAGCGGAAUUGGCGAGCUGCAGCGCCGAUGGAACAGUCAGGUUCUGGGAUGUCAGGAGCAAAAGUAGCAUCGGCGAGGUCAAGGUCGGAGGAGAGGCGUUCACCCUGGCGUGGAAGCCUGACGGUAGCGAGCUUAUUGUGGGACGCAAGGAUGAUGUGCUAGUUCCGGUGUCGCGCUCCACCCUCUCCGCACUUCCUUCGCAGCGCCAACUCGUUCAGACGAAUCAGACAAUCUUUUCCUGGGGAGGGGAAGAAUUGUUCCUUACAACGGGAGAAGGACAUGUCAAAAUUCUCGAUUACCCGUCCAUGGAAGUUAUCCACUCCCUCAACGCACACACCUCGUCUUGCUACUCACUUGAUUUUUCUCCUACUGCCGCUUACCUAGCGAUUGGCGGUUCCGACGCCAUCAUCACGCUUUGGGAUACCAAGGACUGGAUCUGCCAGCGCACUCUUACGAACAUGACCGGUCCUGUGCGCAGCGUCAGUUUCUCCUUUGACGGAAGCUACAUUGUCGGUGGUUCGGACGAAGGCGCCGGCCUAGAGAUUGCGCACGUCGAAACGGGCGAAUACAUCCACAAGGUGGAAACACCCGCGCCUACCCCGUGCGUACAGUGGCACCCUAGCCGCUAUGUCCUGGCCUAUUCUGAUCCGGCCGGUCUGAAGAUCAUUGGGGGAAUUGGCGGCCUCUGAGGUUGGUGCUCUUGCAGAGCACACAUUUUGAUGUUACACAUGACUGUUGCAUGGCGAGGGAGUUAUUGGUCGGGAGGAAGGCAUAUGCCUCAAUGUCAGUAUACCCUGGAGUCUUUGCCUAGACACUAUUCACCGAUUAGAAAUAUGGAAUAUUAUAACGGCGCGAAAAGCUCGCAACUAUUCUAACAUCUGUCACCGUCAAGCGAGAUCCACCGCCUAACGAGAUGAUGACGUUUGUAUAGAGUAG